UUUCAAUACAAACAGGCAGAAAAGGAAUCGGACAGAAUUCAGUUUAAAUUGAGGCUGUAUGAAUUUGGAUAUAACACACAUGGACUUUGAGUAGUAUGUUAAUUUAAAAUUCGAAAUAAUUAAAAGAUCCCCAUCCAUCGAUUCUACGAAAAUAUAGUACGUUGCCUGUCAUCUUGUUCAAAGAUUUGCGGAAAGAACCGAAAAGUUGCGAUUGGAUUUUUAUCACUUCUCGCCUUUUUCCGUGGCUUAUGAAACUAAACUUGUUUAACGACACGUAGAAUUAAAAUGGCAAGAUUUCAAGUUAAAAAGGGGAAAUUUCCAGAAAGGUGGUUUGAUUACUCAAACAUAGGAGACGUUAUUGAAGGAACCAGAAUAAUACCUUUUAAAGUGCCAUUGAAAGAGGGUUUCUUUGCCAAUCGUGAGAGGUUUAACGAUACCAGGUUUACACCAGCAACGCUUAUUGAGAGCCUCAGAAGCAAAAGACUGACACUGGGCCUUGUUAUAGACCUUACAUUUACCACACGCUACUAUGAUAAAGAAGAAUUUACAGAAAAUGAUGUCCAAUAUGAGAAAAUAAAAUUAAGAGGUCAUAAGACACCAAGUGAAGCUAAGGUGGAUAAAUUUAUUGAUGUAGUUAACAAUUUUCUGAUGUUUUCUGAAAACGAUACUUACAUUGGUGUUCACUGCACACAUGGUGUAAACAGGACCGGAUAUAUGGUUUGCAGUUAUAUGGUGAAGCAUCUAAAAAAGAAGGCAACAGAAUCAUUACUUGCAUAUGAGAAAGCGAGAGGUUAUCCAGUAGAAAGAAUCAACUACAUCAAUGAUUUGAAGAGAACAGCAAAGGAACCUGUACCAGAAGAAGAUCAGAAACGAGAAGAACAAGAGGAGCUAGAGAGAAAAUAGAAAAGUCUCUUAAAAUGUCAGCACAGAAAAAUCAUUAGAAUAAUCAGAGUGAUGAAGCA